AACACAAAAUCUGUAAUGUUAUCUGUGUUGGUGUUCAUUCAAUGUGCAUCAUAUAUUUGGAGUGGAGUUCCUAUUGCAAAUAAAGCUUAUCAAGUUGUAAAUGUACUGAACACUAUUUAUAGAUAUUCCUUAGAAAUACCUCAAGAUAGUUUUACUGAUGCUGAAGAUGGUAACACUCGGAAUCUUCAACUACAGUGGUUAUUUGCUAAUAAUCAACAAGUUCCUAAUAUUUAUUGGAUUGGCUUGAGGAGAUCUUCAAACAAAGAUGAGUUAAUUUUUUAUGUUGAUAAAAGCGUUUGGCAAAACAAAUAUUAUUACUUUAAUUUAAAAGCAAUUGAUAAAGAUGGAAACUCUGCUGUCAUAUUAUAUAAUUUUACAUUUUUAUUGCCCCCUCAAGAUCCGAUUUAUAAAAGGUUUCUAAUUUUGGAAUCAAAUUCAUUGAAUAUAUUUCAGAGUUCAAGUAUUGAAAUUUUGUUUUACAUUCAAGAAAAAAAGAUUUAUCCAUAUUCUCAAUUACACCAACAAGGAAUACCAAACUUUGAUCAAAUAAUUACUGAUAGUUUAAACAUUACUAAAAAUAAUGGGUUAACAACUAUCUACUUAACAUGGAGUUCAUCCACAUUUCUUUUAAAUUGGUGCAAUUUGAAAUCAAUUAUAGAUUUUAGAUCAAAAACAAUUAAAGAAUAUAAUCUAACAUACAUUCAAUACUUUAAUCAAGAAUUUUAUGUAAAGCAAUCUACAGAAUCAUUUUAUGGAGCAUGUAGCUAUCUUUCUAUUGAUCCACCAGUAGUUUCAAAUUAUAUUCUUAAUCCUUUUAAAGUUGAUUUUGGAGUUUAUUUUUCUAUUGCUGUUCCUUCAGAUUUGUUUUUUUCCCCAGAAACUGGAAAACUCAUGAGCUUAUUACUUUACCUUCGCACAAGUAAUGGAGAGAAACUGCCUUCAUCUUAUUGGAUAGAAUUAAAUGGAAAUAAUAUAUCCAGUAAGAUAACUUUAGAUGGAUUUAUAUCCUACAAUCAAGCUCUGCAACAAUCUAGUUACAUUUUUCAGCUGGUUGCAAGUACACCAUUAUUGGAAGAAAGUUAUCGGAUUUUAAAUAUAAGCAUAAAUUCAUUCCCAAUAAUACAGCAAAAUUUUAUUGUUUCUUUUAAAGGUUUUGUGGCAUUUUCAAUUUCGUACCUAAAUUUUAUUACUAGGUUUAUUUCUAUAAUGUCUGAUUACUUAUCUAUUAGUUCAACAAUUAUUAUAUUUGAUGUAAACACACUCUAUGGUCAGAUUGUUGUAAAAUGGUCUUUGUUUGAUCUCACACUAAAAAAUUGCAACUUUGAUAAAGUAUCACUAUUAAAAUCAAAACUUUUUGAUAAUAAUGGGUUACCAAAUAAUGAUUUAAAAAAUGUUAUUAAUAUGACAAUUAACUAUAUAGUUACAAAUAUUACUUUUUCAGCACAAUUAGCAUGUCUUAAUGAUCAAAAUGGUCCAGUGCGUAAUGAAGCAUACUUAAAUAUAUCAGUUAAGGAUGGAUUAUAUCGUUUUAUCUUGCCAUUACCAAGUACAACUUUUAUUGAUGCAAAAGAUGGAGACAUGAGUAAGUUGGUUUUACAACUUUUGCUUCCAAAUGGUGAAAAUGUUCCUUUGAGUAAUUGGGUUCAAUUGCUGCGAUCAAAUAAUAAAGACCAAUUGAUUGGUUUUUUAAGUUUAGAAACAUACACCAAGAAAAGUUGGAGUUUUCUUCUUAAAGCUACUGAUAGUGAUGGUAAUUAUGCCACCAAGUCUUACAAUUUUUUUAUUGAUACACAACCAUUAUCACUGUAUUAUCAAAUAUCGUUGACACUUCAGACAUCAGUAGCUGAAGUUGUUUCUCUGAACGACGUGGAGCUUGCAUUUUACAUUCAAGAAAAAAAGAUUUUACCAUAUUCUCUACUUCAAAACCAAGGAAUAAUUGAUGUGAAUACAUUAAUUGUAUUAAAUUUAAAUGUUGAAAGAAAUUUCAACUUUAUUACUGUAAAGCUUUUAUGGAGCUGUAGCAUUUUCUCUUUCUCUUGUGAUGUAAGUAAAAUUAUUCAAUUCAGAUCAAAAGAAUUUGACAAUUUUAAAACUGCGUAUAAUGGUUUUUAUUCACCAGAGUUUACCGUUAUGAGCAACCUUGAAAGUUUUAUUAGAGAUUGCAGUUAUUUAUCUGCAAGUCCUCCUUUAGUUAAUAAUCUAGCUUUUAUCAAAGUUGAUGUUGCCUUUAAUUCAUUAUUUUCAAUAAAUAUACCAAAUGAUAUCUUCACUCCGCCAGCUGAUGGAAGUAGCAUGAAAUUGAAUAUUUAUUUAAAAGGAAAAGAUGGAGAUGAUUUGCCUGUUUUAUACUGGAUAAGUUUGAGUAAUAACACUUUAUCUAAUAGUAAAGUUCUUGUUGGAUAUGCCUCAAAUGAUGUGGCUGCAAUGCAAACUGUUUAUACAUUUCGCUUAUUAGCUUAUACACCAUUGUUAGUAAAUGCUAGUAGAUUAUUUACUGUAAAUAUAAUAAAUUAUUACCAAGUAAAAGAAAAUUUUGUUGUUACAAUGCGAUUGACAUUAGAUAAUGUUAUUGUUUUCUCAACAUUUAUCAAAAUUUUUUUAACAACUAUCUCAAACAACUUAAUGUAUCCCAUUGAUUCUUUUGUAAUUUUGAAGCCAACUUUUUUAUUAAAUAGUAUUGUCAUAAGAUGGACUCUUAAAGAAUAUGCAGCAUCUGAAUGUAAUUUCAAUGAAUUAAAUCGAAUAACUAAUAAACUUGUUUACAAUAACGGGCAAGCAACAGUAGAGUUGUUAAAUUCUUUAAGCAAGGUGAUGCUUACUUUAACUUCUAUAAGUAUUGAAAAAUUGGGUGUUUGCGCUAUUGAUAAUAGCCAUCCUGUUCCUGAUGAACCUUCGUUGAACAUAAAUGUGUCUAGUAAGACAUACAGAUUCACUUUGUUGUUGAAGCGAACAACUUUUGUUGACUCUAAAGAUGGUGAUAUGAGUAAUCUCAAGAUAGACUUGCUGUUAGAGAAUGAGGAACCUGUUUCCCUAAGCAACUGGGUUCAAGUUUCUAGAAGUAAUGGAAAUGAUAGUCUUAUUGGUUAUAUACCCUUGAAUGUGUAUAACAAAUUAGUUUGGAAAUUUAUCUUAAAAGCAACAAAUAGUGAUGGAAACUUUGCGACUAAACUUUAUAUCUUUAACUUAGAAUCUUCUCCAAAACAAGCUACAUACAAAAUGCUUCUAACACUUCGUUCAAACUACCAAAAUUUCAUAAACAGUAAUGAUGUUUUGAUUCUAUUCUACAUUCAAGAAAUAAAGUUAAUAAAUUACUCUCUAAAAAAUCUGCAAGGAAUCAACAGUGUUGAUUCAAUUGUUACAGAGGAUUUCAAAGUUUCUCGUAAUGAUGGUGAGAUUUUAAUAACUCUGCUCUGGAGUCUAACAGAUUUUGUAACAAUUAAUUGUGAAUUAGAUAAAAUUGUACAACUGAGACACAAAAUCAGUGGAAAAUUUUUUACAGCAUAUUCUAACAUGUUUUCCCCUGAGUUUAGUCUAAUAAAAAGUGCUGAAAGUUUUUUUGAUGCCUGCAGCUAUUUAUCAGCUGACCCCCCAAUAUUUGGAGCACAACAGUUCCAAAAAGUUGAUGUAGAUUCUGGUAGUCUAUUUUCUGUAAGCAUUCCAAGUGAUCUUUUUAGACCUCCUUUGAGCGGAAGUUCAAUGAUACUUACUUUAGAACUUCGGAAUCAAAAUGGUGAACCUGUAUCAUUACCUUGGAUUACAUUGAAUGGCAAUAUAUUUAAAUAUGGCUUAAGAAUUGAAGGGUAUGUACCUUUUGAUAUUGCAUCUAAACAAUCAAGUUUUAUGUUCCAACUUGCAGCAAUAACGCCGCUACUUGAAGAAAUUGUUAAUUUUUUUACUGUCAUUAUUUCAGAUAAUAAAAUAUUACAACUAAACUAUAUUGUUACUUUUUCUUCUCAGUCAUAUAUUAUUGGAAACUAUAUAUUUUUUUCAAAUCUUAUAUCAAAAUUAUCAAGUUAUUUAUCGGUUAGAAUAUCCUCAAUUAUUAUUAUAAAGUUUGUGGCUACGACAUCUUCAACUGAUAUUCAGUGGACUCUAUUACCAUUAACUGGCUCCUUUUGUGAUGAUGUUUUAAUUAAGACGAUUACUUCAAAAAUUAAGAAUGAUGGAACAUUAAAUCCUUCUUUAAUAUCUGUAUUAAAUAGCAUGAAUUUUGUUAAUACAAGUGUAACAUACAGUUUAGGAUUUGCAUGCAUCAAUGAUAAUGUAUCACCUGUACCUGAUUCAAAUACAGAAGACAUAAUCAUUCAAAAUAAUGUGUAUCGCUUCAGACUCACUUUACCAUUAACAACGUUUGUUGAUAAAAUUGAUGGGAAUAUGAACAUGUUAAAGAUUGAUUUCUUAAUGGAAAGCAAAAUAUCAGUGCCAAUUGACAACUGGGUUCAACUACAGAAAUCAUUUAACAGCUAUGAGUUUAUUGGUUAUGUAAACAUUUUAAUAUCUAGCACUUAUACUUGGACAUAUUUUAUUAAAGCAACUGACAAAGCUGGAAAUGCUGCAUUCAAAAAAUUCAAUUUUAUCAUGGUUGAAAAGCAAAUGCAAGCAAAUUAUAGAAAAAAUUUAACAAUACGUUCAUUUUCACCAAAUUUAUACGAGAAGACAGAUGUUGGAAUUCUUUUUUACAUUCAGGAGCAAAAGCUGUUUCCCUAUUCCUUACAACAAAACCAAGGUGUGACAGAUUUAAACACAUUAAUAACAGAACAACUGCAAGUAACAAGGAAUGAUAUGUUACUUGUGAUUCAUUUAGUUUGGACUUCAGCUAUUUUUAUUUCGAGUAGUUGUGAUAUUCCAAAAAUUAUAAAAUUCAGGUCAAAAACAAAUUCAAACUUUGAAAAGUUAUAUUCUGACUCCUUUUUACCUGAAAUGACUUAUUUAGGUGAAACAGAGGAAUUUUUGAACAUUUGUAACUUUUUGACUAGCCAAGCACCCUUAAUAGGCCCGUCAACUAUUUCAGAUAUCACAAUAAAAUAUGGUGAAUUUUUCUCUAUUAUACUUCCAAAUGAUUUGUUUACUUCCCCUUCUGUUGGAACAAGUUUGUCUAUUUAUUUACGUGACAAAAAUGGAAACACUUUACCUGAUUUUUAUUGGAUAUCAAUCAGCAGUAACAAAGCUAUUAAUCUAAGAUUAGAAGGCUAUAUAUCAACGGUUAUAGCUGCUCAACAAACAAAUUAUCUGUUCAGGCUUGUAGCAGUAACAUCACUACAAAUUGAAUCAUAUCGUUUAAUUAACAUCAAUGUCAUAGGAUACAAGUCAGUUUCACAAAAUGUAGUUUUUACCUUUACCACAUUGUCAAUAAUAAGUUCUUAUCCAACAUUUAUUAAUCAGUUUAUAACUGCAAUAUCAAAAUAUCUGUCCUAUUCUGCAUCUUCUAUACUUAUUAUCAGUUAUGACACCAGUUUAUUACAAACAAAAAUUCAAUGGACAAUGUUUCAGUUUACCAACACGAAUUGUGAAAGUUCUUUGGCUUCAUCAGUAUCUCAAAAAUUACAUUAUGAAAAUAGUAAACAUAUCAAUCCAGAUUUGUUUAGUGUUUUAGCAAACAUUAACUUUAUUCUGAAUUCAGCUGAUACCUUCAUAUCAGAUGUAUGCACUAUUGAUCGCAAUGGACCUAUUCCAGAUCAAUUGUCACAAGAAUACACAAUUAAUAUCAAUGUUUACCGCUUUUCGUUUAACCUACCUGUUACAACCUUUGUAGAUAUUAAAGAUGGCGACAUGACGAAACUGGCUGUUGAGCUCACUACAGAAAGUGGACUAUCUGUUUCCGUUGACAGUUGGAUAGAGUUUGUUCAAUCUGGAAGUAGCUUUCGUUUAAAUGGCUUUGUUAGCAGCAUCAGCUGCACUAAAGCGCAAUGGGUUUUUUUGUUAAAAGCAACGGACAGUGACAAAAAUGUUGGAAUUAAAAAAUUUAUCUUUAAUGUUAAAUUGCCACCACUAGGCCCAAACUAUAUGAGAAGUUUAACAGUGCGUUCUAUUUCUUCAGCUAUGCUAAGUCUGAGAGACGUUUCAGUUUUGUUCUAUAUUCAAGAAAAAAAGUUGAUUCCCUACUCGAUAGGACAAAACCAGGGCUUUGUGAAGGUAGACUCUUUGAUUACAGACAGUCUCCUUGUUACAAGGACAAAUGGUUUUAUGACCAUAAAAUUGGUGUGGAGUUCAAAUAUUUUUGUAUCAGAUCAAUGUUCUUUGGAAAAAAUCAUAAGCGUUAGAUCUAAAACCACUGGAGCCUACAGCUCUAUGUAUAGUCAUAUGUUUCAACCUGAGUUUAUGUACGUAGAGGAAAAAGAAUCGUUCCUUGGACCAUGUAUGGAUUUGUCUAUUGAUCCGCCUAUAAUUGGCCCAGCUACUUUGAACCCGGUUAGUGUAAAGUUCGGUGAAUUUUUUUCCAUCACUCUUCUGAGUAAUUUGUUUUCUUCCCCUUCGGUUGCAACACGUUUGUCAGUUUUUUUGCGUGACGAAAACGGAAAUGCUUUGCCGGAUUUUUAUUGGAUAGCGUUGAGCAAUAACAACUUAGCUAUUGGUCUGAGAAUAGAAGGCUAUGCAUCCAAUAUGAUCGCUCUUCAAAGAACUAGUUACUUGCUGAGGCUUGUUGCUGUGACGUCAUUACAAAUUGAAGCAUACCGUUUGAUUAACAUUAACAUCGUUGGAUACAAGCCUAUUCAACAAAAGUUUGUUAUCACGUUCACGACAUCGUCAACAAUAAGUUCUUUCACUGUAUUUGUUAAUCAAUUUCUUUUGGCAAUAUCAAAAUACCUGUCAUAUUCUGCAUCUUCCAUACUUAUAAUCAGCUACGACACAAGCUCAUUACUAACAAAAAUUCAAUGGACUAUGGUUCAGUUCACAAGCGCGAGUUGUGACAGUUCCUUGGCUUCGUCAAUAUCACAGAAAUUUCUUGAUGCAAACGGUAAAGUCCAUCCAGACUUGGUUAGUGUUUUAGCAAACAUAAACUUUUACCUCAACUCAGUUGAUGUCAACUUAUCAGACAAUUGCGCUAUUGAUCGCAACGCACCUGUUCCAGAUCAGCCGUCACAAGAAUAUACAAUUAACAUCAAUGUUUACCGCUUUUCGUUUAACCUACCUGUUACAACUUUUGUAGAUGCGAAAGACGGUGACAUGACGAAACUGGCUGUUGAGCUCACUACAGAAAGUGGACUUUCUGUUUCUGUUGACAGUUGGAUAGAGUUUGUUCAAUCUGGAAGUAGCUUUCGUUUAAAUGGCUUUGUUAGCAGCAUCAGCUAUACUAAAGCGCAAUGGGUUUUUUUGUUAAAAGCAACGGACAGUGACAAAAAUGUUGGGAUUAAAAAGUUUAUCUUUAAUGUUAAAUUGCCACCUCAAGGCCCGAACUAUAUGAGAAGUUUAACAGUGCGUUCUAUUUCUUCAGCUAUGCUAAGUCUGAGAGACGUUUCAGUUUUGUUCUAUAUUCAAGAAAAAAAGUUGAUUCCCUACUCGAUAGGACAAAACCAGGGCUUUGUGAAGGUAGACUCUUUGAUUACAGACAGUCUCCUUGUUACAAGGACAAAUGGUUUUAUCACCGUAAAAUUGGUGUGGAGUUCGAAUAUUUUUGUAUCUGAUCAAUGUUCUUUGGAGAAAAUCAUAAGCGUUAGAUCUAAAACCACUGGAGCGUACAGCUCUAUGUAUAGUCAGAUGUUUCAACCUGAGUUUAUGUACGUAGAGGAAAAAGAAUCGUUCCUUGGACCAUGUAUGGAUUUGUCUAUUGAUCCGCCUAUAAUUGGCCCAGCUACUUUGAACCCGGUUAGUGUAAAGUUCGGUGAAUUUUUUUCCAUCACUCUUCCGAGUAAUUUGUUUUCUUCCCCUUCGGUUGCAACACGUUUGUCAGUUUUUUUGCGUGACGAAAACGGAAAUGCUUUGCCGGAUUUUUAUUGGAUAGCGUUGAGCAAUAACAACUUAGCUAUUGGUCUGAGAAUAGAAGGCUAUGCAUCCAAUAUGAUCGCUCUUCAAAGAACUAGUUACUUGCUGAGGCUUGUUGCUGUGACGUCAUUACAAAUUGAAGCAUACCGUUUGAUUAACAUUAACAUCGUUGGAUACAAGCCUAUUCAACAAAAGUUUGUUAUCACGUUCACGACAUCGUCAACAAUAAGUUCUUUCACUGUAUUUGUUAAUCAAUUUCUUUUGGCAAUAUCAAAAUACCUGUCAUAUUCUGCAUCUUCCAUACUUAUAAUCAGCUACGACACAAGCUCAUUACAAACAAAAAUUCAAUGGACUAUGGUUCAGUUCACAAGCGCGAGUUGUGACAGUUCCUUGGCUUCGUCAAUAUCACAGAGAUUUCUUGAUGCAAACGGUAAAGUCCAUCCAGACUUGGUUAGUGUUUUAGCAAACAUAAACUUUUACCUCAACUCAGUUGAUGUCAACUUAUCAGACAAUUGCGCUAUUGAUCGCAACGCACCUGUUCCAGAUCAGCCGUCACAAGAAUAUACAAUUAACAUCAAUGUUUACCGCUUUUCGUUUAACCUACCUGUUACAACUUUUGUAGAUGCGAAAGACGGUGACAUGACGAAACUGGCUGUUGAGCUCACUACAGAAAGUGGACUUUCUGUUUCUGUUGACAGUUGGAUAGAGUUUGUUCAAUCUGGAAGUAGCUUUCGUUUAAAUGGCUUUGUUAGCAGCAUCAGCUAUACUAAAGCGCAAUGGGUUUUUUUGUUAAAAGCAACGGACAGUGACAAAAAUGUUGGGAUUAAAAAGUUUAUCUUUAAUGUUAAAUUGCCACCUCUAGGCCCGAACUAUAUGAGAAGUUUAACAGUGCGUUCUAUUUCUUCAGCUAUGCUAAGUCUGAGAGACGUUUCAGUUUUGUUCUAUAUUCAAGAAAAAAAGUUGAUUCCCUACUCGAUAGGACAAAACCAGGGCUUUGUGAAGGUAGACUCUUUGAUUACAGACAGUCUCCUUGUUACAAGGACAAAUGGUUUUAUCACCGUAAAAUUGGUGUGGAGUUCGAAUAUUUUUGUAUCUGAUCAAUGUUCUUUGGAGAAAAUCAUAAGCGUUAGAUCUAAAACCACUGGAGCGUACAGCUCUAUGUAUAGUCAGAUGUUUCAACCUGAGUUUAUGUACGUAGAGGAAAAAGAAUCGUUCCUUGGACCAUGUAUGGAUUUGUCUAUUGAUCCGCCUAUAAUUGGCCCAGCUACUUUGAACCCGGUUAGUGUAAAGUUCGGUGAAUUUUUUUCCAUCACUCUUCUGAGUAAUUUGUUUUCUUCCCCUUCGGUUGCAACACGUUUGUCAGUUUUUUUGCGUGACGAAAACGGAAAUGCUUUGCCGGAUUUUUAUUGGAUAGCGUUGAGCAAUAACAACUUAGCUAUUGGUCUGAGAAUAGAAGGCUAUGCAUCCAAUAUGAUCGCUCUUCAAAGAACUAGUUACUUGCUGAGGCUUGUUGCUGUGACGUCAUUACAAAUUGAAGCAUACCGUUUGAUUAACAUUAACAUCGUUGGAUACAAGCCUAUUCAACAAAAGUUUGUUAUCACGUUCACGACAUCGUCAACAAUAAGUUCUUUCACUGUAUUUGUUAAUCAAUUUCUUUUGGCAAUAUCAAAAUACCUGUCAUAUUCUGCAUCUUCCAUACUUAUAAUCAGCUACGACACAAGCUCAUUACUAACAAAAAUUCAAUGGACUAUGGUUCAGUUCACAAGCGCGAGUUGUGACAGUUCCUUGGCUUCGUCAAUAUCACAGAGAUUUCUUGAUGCAAACGGUAAAGUCCAUCCAGACUUGGUUAGUGUUUUAGCAAACAUAAACUUUUACCUCAACUCAGUUGAUGUCAACUUAUCAGACAAUUGCGCUAUUGAUCGCAACGCACCUGUUCCAGAUCAGCCGUCACAAGAAUAUACAAUUAACAUCAAUGUUUACCGCUUUUCGUUUAACCUACCUGUUACAACUUUUGUAGAUGCGAAAGACGGUGACAUGACGAAACUGGCUGUUGAGCUCACUACAGAAAGUGGACUUUCUGUUUCUGUUGACAGUUGGAUAGAGUUUGUUCAAUCUGGAAGUAGCUUUCGUUUAAAUGGCUUUGUUAGCAGCAUCAGCUAUACUAAAGCGCAAUGGGUUUUUUUGUUAAAAGCAACGGACAGUGACAAAAAUGUUGGGAUUAAAAAGUUUAUCUUUAAUGUUAAAUUGCCACCUCUAGGCCCGAACUAUAUGAGAAGUUUAACAGUGCGUUCUAUUUCUUCAGCUAUGCUAAGUCUGAGAGACGUUUCAGUUUUGUUCUAUAUUCAAGAAAAAAAGUUGAUUCCCUACUCGAUAGGACAAAACCAGGGCUUUGUGAAGGUAGACUCUUUGAUUACAGACAGUCUCCUUGUUACAAGGACAAAUGGUUUUAUCACCGUAAAAUUGGUGUGGAGUUCGAAUAUUUUUGUAUCUGAUCAAUGUUCUUUGGAGAAAAUCAUAAGCGUUAGAUCUAAAACCACUGGAGCGUACAGCUCUAUGUAUAGUCAGAUGUUUCAACCUGAGUUUAUGUACGUAGAGGAAAAAGAAUCGUUCCUUGGACCAUGUAUGGAUUUGUCUAUUGAUCCGCCUAUAAUUGGCCCAGCUACUUUGAACCCGGUUAGUGUAAAGUUCGGUGAAUUUUUUUCCAUCACUCUUCCGAGUAAUUUGUUUUCUUCCCCUUCGGUUGCAACACGUUUGUCAGUUUUUUUGCGUGACGAAAACGGAAAUGCUUUGCCGGAUUUUUAUUGGAUAGCGUUGAGCAAUAACAACUUAGCUAUUGGUCUGAGAAUAGAAGGCUAUGCAUCCAAUAUGAUCGCUCUUCAAAGAACUAGUUACUUGCUGAGGCUUGUUGCUGUGACGUCAUUACAAAUUGAAGCAUACCGUUUGAUUAACAUUAACAUCGUUGGAUACAAGCCUAUUCAACAAAAGUUUGUUAUCACGUUCACGACAUCGUCAACAAUAAGUUCUUUCACUGUAUUUGUUAAUCAAUUUCUUUUGGCAAUAUCAAAAUACCUGUCAUAUUCUGCAUCUUCCAUACUUAUAAUCAGCUACGACACAAGCUCAUUACAAACAAAAAUUCAAUGGACUAUGGUUCAGUUCACAAGCGCGAGUUGUGACAGUUCCUUGGCUUCGUCAAUAUCACAGAGAUUUCUUGAUGCAAACGGUAAAGUCCAUCCAGACUUGGUUAGUGUUUUAGCAAACAUAAACUUUUACCUCAACUCAGUUGAUGUCAACUUAUCAGACAAUUGCGCUAUUGAUCGCAACGCACCUGUUCCAGAUCAGCCGUCACAAGAAUAUACAAUUAACAUCAAUGUUUACCGCUUUUCGUUUAACCUACCUGUUACAACUUUUGUAGAUGCGAAAGACGGUGACAUGACGAAACUGGCUGUUGAGCUCACUACAGAAAGUGGACUUUCUGUUUCUGUUGACAGUUGGAUAGAGUUUGUUCAAUCUGGAAGUAGCUUUCGUUUAAAUGGCUUUGUUAGCAGCAUCAGCUAUACUAAAGCGCAAUGGGUUUUUUUGUUAAAAGCAACGGACAGUGACAAAAAUGUUGGGAUUAAAAAGUUUAUCUUUAAUGUUAAAUUGCCACCUCUAGGCCCGAACUAUAUGAGAAGUUUAACAGUGCGUUCUAUUUCUUCAGCUAUGCUAAGUCUGAGAGACGUUUCAGUUUUGUUCUAUAUUCAAGAAAAAAAGUUGAUUCCCUACUCGAUAGGACAAAACCAGGGCUUUGUGAAGGUAGACUCUUUGAUUACAGACAGUCUCCUUGUUACAAGGACAAAUGGUUUUAUCACCGUAAAAUUGGUGUGGAGUUCGAAUAUUUUUGUAUCUGAUCAAUGUUCUUUGGAGAAAAUCAUAAGCGUUAGAUCUAAAACCACUGGAGCGUACAGCUCUAUGUAUAGUCAGAUGUUUCAACCUGAGUUUAUGUACGUAGAGGAAAAAGAAUCGUUCCUUGGACCAUGUAUGGAUUUGUCUAUUGAUCCGCCUAUAAUUGGCCCAGCUACUUUGAACCCGGUUAGUGUAAAGUUCGGUGAAUUUUUUUCCAUCACUCUUCUGAGUAAUUUGUUUUCUUCCCCUUCGGUUGCAACACGUUUGUCAGUUUUUUUGCGUGACGAAAACGGAAAUGCUUUGCCGGAUUUUUAUUGGAUAGCGUUGAGCAAUAACAACUUAGCUAUUGGUCUGAGAAUAGAAGGCUAUGCAUCCAAUAUGAUCGCUCUUCAAAGAACUAGUUACUUGCUGAGGCUUGUUGCUGUGACGUCAUUACAAAUUGAAGCAUACCGUUUGAUUAACAUUAACAUCGUUGGAUACAAGCCUAUUCAACAAAAGUUUGUUAUCACGUUCACGACAUCGUCAACAAUAAGUUCUUUCACUGUAUUUGUUAAUCAAUUUCUUUUGGCAAUAUCAAAAUACCUGUCAUAUUCUGCAUCUUCCAUACUUAUAAUCAGCUACGACACAAGCUCAUUACUAACAAAAAUUCAAUGGACUAUGGUUCAGUUCACAAGCGCGAGUUGUGACAGUUCCUUGGCUUCGUCAAUAUCACAGAGAUUUCUUGAUGCAAACGGUAAAGUCCAUCCAGACUUGGUUAGUGUUUUAGCAAACAUAAACUUUUACCUCAACUCAGUUGAUGUCAACUUAUCAGACAAUUGCGCUAUUGAUCGCAACGCACCUGUUCCAGAUCAGCCGUCACAAGAAUAUACAAUUAACAUCAAUGUUUACCGCUUUUCGUUUAACCUACCUGUUACAACUUUUGUAGAUGCGAAAGACGGUGACAUGACGAAACUGGCUGUUGAGCUCACUACAGAAAGUGGACUUUCUGUUUCUGUUGACAGUUGGAUAGAGUUUGUUCAAUCUGGAAGUAGCUUUCGUUUAAAUGGCUUUGUUAGCAGCAUCAGCUAUACUAAAGCGCAAUGGGUUUUUUUGUUAAAAGCAACGGACAGUGACAAAAAUGUUGGGAUUAAAAAGUUUAUCUUUAAUGUUAAAUUGCCACCUCAAGGCCCGAACUAUAUGAGAAGUUUAACAGUGCGUUCUAUUUCUUCAGCUAUGCUAAGUCUGAGAGACGUUUCAGUUUUGUUCUAUAUUCAAGAAAAAAAGUUGAUUCCCUACUCGAUAGGACAAAACCAGGGCUUUGUGAAGGUAGACUCUUUGAUUACAGACAGUCUCCUUGUUACAAGGACAAAUGGUUUUAUCACCGUAAAAUUGGUGUGGAGUUCGAAUAUUUUUGUAUCUGAUCAAUGUUCUUUGGAGAAAAUCAUAAGCGUUAGAUCUAAAACCACUGGAGCGUACAGCUCUAUGUAUAGUCAGAUGUUUCAACCUGAGUUUAUGUACGUAGAGGAAAAAGAAUCGUUCCUUGGACCAUGUAUGGAUUUGUCUAUUGAUCCGCCUAUAAUUGGCCCAGCUACUUUGAACCCGGUUAGUGUAAAGUUCGGUGAAUUUUUUUCCAUCACUCUUCCGAGUAAUUUGUUUUCUUCCCCUUCGGUUGCAACACGUUUGUCAGUUUUUUUGCGUGACGAAAACGGAAAUGCUUUGCCGGAUUUUUAUUGGAUAGCGUUGAGCAAUAACAACUUAGCUAUUGGUCUGAGAAUAGAAGGCUAUGCAUCCAAUAUGAUCGCUCUUCAAAGAACUAGUUACUUGCUGAGGCUUGUUGCUGUGACGUCAUUACAAAUUGAAGCAUACCGUUUGAUUAACAUUAACAUCGUUGGAUACAAGCCUAUUCAACAAAAGUUUGUUAUCACGUUCACGACAUCGUCAACAAUAAGUUCUUUCACUGUAUUUGUUAAUCAAUUUCUUUUGGCAAUAUCAAAAUACCUGUCAUAUUCUGCAUCUUCCAUACUUAUAAUCAGCUACGACACAAGCUCAUUACAAACAAAAAUUCAAUGGACUAUGGUUCAGUUCACAAGCGCGAGUUGUGACAGUUCCUUGGCUUCGUCAAUAUCACAGAGAUUUCUUGAUGCAAACGGUAAAGUCCAUCCAGACUUGGUUAGUGUUUUAGCAAACAUAAACUUUUACCUCAACUCAGUUGAUGUCAACUUAUCAGACAAUUGCGCUAUUGAUCGCAACGCACCUGUUCCAGAUCAGCCGUCACAAGAAUAUACAAUUAACAUCAAUGUUUACCGCUUUUCGUUUAACCUACCUGUUACAACUUUUGUAGAUGCGAAAGACGGUGACAUGACGAAACUGGCUGUUGAGCUCACUACAGAAAGUGGACUUUCUGUUUCUGUUGACAGUUGGAUAGAGUUUGUUCAAUCUGGAAGUAGCUUUCGUUUAAAUGGCUUUGUUAGCAGCAUCAGCUAUACUAAAGCGCAAUGGGUUUUUUUGUUAAAAGCAACGGACAGUGACAAAAAUGUUGGGAUUAAAAAGUUUAUCUUUAAUGUUAAAUUGCCACCUCUAGGCCCGAACUAUAUGAGAAGUUUAACAGUGCGUUCUAUUUCUUCAGCUAUGCUAAGUCUGAGAGACGUUUCAGUUUUGUUCUAUAUUCAAGAAAAAAAGUUGAUUCCCUACUCGAUAGGACAAAACCAGGGCUUUGUGAAGGUAGACUCUUUGAUUACAGACAGUCUCCUUGUUACAAGGACAAAUGGUUUUAUCACCGUAAAAUUGGUGUGGAGUUCGAAUAUUUUUGUAUCUGAUCAAUGUUCUUUGGAGAAAAUCAUAAGCGUUAGAUCUAAAACCACUGGAGCGUACAGCUCUAUGUAUAGUCAGAUGUUUCAACCUGAGUUUAUGUACGUAGAGGAAAAAGAAUCGUUCCUUGGACCAUGUAUGGAUUUGUCUAUUGAUCCGCCUAUAAUUGGCCCAGCUACUUUGAACCCGGUUAGUGUAAAGUUCGGUGAAUUUUUUUCCAUCACUCUUCCGAGUAAUUUGUUUUCUUCCCCUUCGGUUGCAACACGUUUGUCAGUUUUUUUGCGUGACGAAAACGGAAAUGCUUUGCCGGAUUUUUAUUGGAUAGCGUUGAGCAAUAACAACUUAGCUAUUGGUCUGAGAAUAGAAGGCUAUGCAUCCAAUAUGAUCGCUCUUCAAAGAACUAGUUACUUGCUGAGGCUUGUUGCUGUGACGUCAUUACAAAUUGAAGCAUACCGUUUGAUUAACAUUAACAUCGUUGGAUACAAGCCUAUUCAACAAAAGUUUGUUAUCACGUUCACGACAUCGUCAACAAUAAGUUCUUUCACUGUAUUUGUUAAUCAAUUUCUUUUGGCAAUAUCAAAAUACCUGUCAUAUUCUGCAUCUUCCAUACUUAUAAUCAGCUACGACACAAGCUCAUUACAAACAAAAAUUCAAUGGACUAUGGUUCAGUUCACAAGCGCGAGUUGUGACAGUUCCUUGGCUUCGUCAAUAUCACAGAGAUUUCUUGAUGCAAACGGUAAAGUCCAUCCAGACUUGGUUAGUGUUUUAGCAAACAUAAACUUUUACCUCAACUCAGUUGAUGUCAACUUAUCAGACAAUUGCGCUAUUGAUCGCAACGCACCUGUUCCAGAUCAGCCGUCACAAGAAUAUACAAUUAACAUCAAUGUUUACCGCUUUUCGUUUAACCUACCUGUUACAACUUUUGUAGAUGCGAAAGACGGUGACAUGACGAAACUGGCUGUUGAGCUCACUACAGAAAGUGGACUUUCUGUUUCUGUUGACAGUUGGAUAGAGUUUGUUCAAUCUGGAAGUAGCUUUCGUUUAAAUGGUUUUGUUAGCAGCAUCAGCUAUACUAAAGCGCAAUGGGUUUUUUUGUUAAAAGCAACGGACAGUGACAAAAAUGUUGGGAUUAAAAAGUUUAUCUUUAAUGUUAAAUUGCCACCUCUAGGCCCGAACUAUAUGAGAAGUUUAACAGUGCGUUCUAUUUCUUCAGCUAUGCUAAGUCUGAGAGACGUUUCAGUUUUGUUCUAUAUUCAAGAAAAAAAGUUGAUUCCCUACUCGAUAGGACAAAACCAGGGCUUUGUGAAGGUAGACUCUUUGAUUACAGACAGUCUCCUUGUUACAAGGACAAAUGGUUUUAUCACCGUAAAAUUGGUGUGGAGUUCGAAUAUUUUUGUAUCUGAUCAAUGUUCUUUGGAGAAAAUCAUAAGCGUUAGAUCUAAAACCACUGGAGCGUACAGCUCUAUGUAUAGUCAGAUGUUUCAACCUGAGUUUAUGUACGUAGAGGAAAAAGAAUCGUUCCUUGGACCAUGUAUGGAUUUGUCUAUUGAUCCGCCUAUAAUUGGCCCAGCUACUUUGAACCCGGUUAGUGUAAAGUUCGGUGAAUUUUUUUCCAUCACUCUUCCGAGUAAUUUGUUUUCUUCCCCUUCGGUUGCAACACGUUUGUCAGUUUUUUUGCGUGACGAAAACGGAAAUGCUUUGCCGGAUUUUUAUUGGAUAGCGUUGAGCAAUAACAACUUAGCUAUUGGUCUGAGAAUAGAAGGCUAUGCAUCCAAUAUGAUCGCUCUUCAAAGAACUAGUUACUUGCUGAGGCUUGUUGCUGUGACGUCAUUACAAAUUGAAGCAUACCGUUUGAUUAACAUUAACAUCGUUGGAUACAAGCCUAUUCAACAAAAGUUUGUUAUCACGUUCACGACAUCGUCAACAAUAAGUUCUUUCACUGUAUUUGUUAAUCAAUUUCUUUUGGCAAUAUCAAAAUACCUGUCAUAUUCUGCAUCUUCCAUACUUAUAAUCAGCUACGACACAAGCUCAUUACAAACAAAAAUUCAAUGGACUAUGGUUCAGUUCACAAGCGCGAGUUGUGACAGUUCCUUGGCUUCGUCAAUAUCACAGAGAUUUCUUGAUGCAAACGGUAAAGUCCAUCCAGACUUGGUUAGUGUUUUAGCAAACAUAAACUUUUACCUCAACUCAGUUGAUGUCAACUUAUCAGACAAUUGCGCUAUUGAUCGCAACGCACCUGUUCCAGAUCAGCCGUCACAAGAAUAUACAAUUAACAUCAAUGUUUACCGCUUUUCGUUUAACCUACCUGUUACAACUUUUGUAGAUGCGAAAGACGGUGACAUGACGAAACUGGCUGUUGAGCUCACUACAGAAAGUGGACUUUCUGUUUCUGUUGACAGUUGGAUAGAGUUUGUUCAAUCUGGAAGUAGCUUUCGUUUAAAUGGCUUUGUUAGCAGCAUCAGCUAUACUAAAGCGCAAUGGGUUUUUUUGUUAAAAGCAACGGACAGUGACAAAAAUGUUGGGAUUAAAAAGUUUAUCUUUAAUGUUAAAUUGCCACCUCUAGGCCCGAACUAUAUGAGAAGUUUAACAGUGCGUUCUAUUUCUUCAGCUAUGCUAAGUCUGAGAGACGUUUCAGUUUUGUUCUAUAUUCAAGAAAAAAAGUUGAUUCCCUACUCGAUAGGACAAAACCAGGGCUUUGUGAAGGUAGACUCUUUGAUUACAGACAGUCUCCUUGUUACAAGGACAAAUGGUUUUAUCACCGUAAAAUUGGUGUGGAGUUCGAAUAUUUUUGUAUCUGAUCAAUGUUCUUUGGAGAAAAUCAUAAGCGUUAGAUCUAAAACCACUGGAGCGUACAGCUCUAUGUAUAGUCAGAUGUUUCAACCUGAGUUUAUGUACGUAGAGGAAAAAGAAUCGUUCCUUGGACCAUGUAUGGAUUUGUCUAUUGAUCCGCCUAUAAUUGGCCCAGCUACUUUGAACCCGGUUAGUGUAAAGUUCGGUGAAUUUUUUUCCAUCACUCUUCCGAGUAAUUUGUUUUCUUCCCCUUCGGUUGCAACACGUUUGUCAGUUUUUUUGCGUGACGAAAACGGAAAUGCUUUGCCGGAUUUUUAUUGGAUAGCGUUGAGCAAUAACAACUUAGCUAUUGGUCUGAGAAUAGAAGGCUAUGCAUCCAAUAUGAUCGCUCUUCAAAGAACUAGUUACUUGCUGAGGCUUGUUGCUGUGACGUCAUUACAAAUUGAAGCAUACCGUUUGAUUAACAUUAACAUCGUUGGAUACAAGCCUAUUCAACAAAAGUUUGUUAUCACGUUCACGACAUCGUCAACAAUAAGUUCUUUCACUGUAUUUGUUAAUCAAUUUCUUUUGGCAAUAUCAAAAUACCUGUCAUAUUCUGCAUCUUCCAUACUUAUAAUCAGCUACGACACAAGCUCAUUACAAACAAAAAUUCAAUGGACUAUGGUUCAGUUCACAAGCGCGAGUUGUGACAGUUCCUUGGCUUCGUCAAUAUCACAGAGAUUUCUUGAUGCAAACGGUAAAGUCCAUCCAGACUUGGUUAGUGUUUUAGCAAACAUAAACUUUUACCUCAACUCAGUUGAUGUCAACUUAUCAGACAAUUGCGCUAUUGAUCGCAACGCACCUGUUCCAGAUCAGCCGUCACAAGAAUAUACAAUUAACAUCAAUGUUUACCGCUUUUCGUUUAACCUACCUGUUACAACUUUUGUAGAUGCGAAAGACGGUGACAUGACGAAACUGGCUGUUGAGCUCACUACAGAAAGUGGACUUUCUGUUUCUGUUGACAGUUGGAUAGAGUUUGUUCAAUCUGGAAGUAGCUUUCGUUUAAAUGGCUUUGUUAGCAGCAUCAGCUAUACUAAAGCGCAAUGGGUUUUUUUGUUAAAAGCAACGGACAGUGACAAAAAUGUUGGGAUUAAAAAGUUUAUCUUUAAUGUUAAAUUGCCACCUCUAGGCCCGAACUAUAUGAGAAGUUUAACAGUGCGUUCUAUUUCUUCAGCUAUGCUAAGUCUGAGAGACGUUUCAGUUUUGUUCUAUAUUCAAGAAAAAAAGUUGAUUCCCUACUCGAUAGGACAAAACCAGGGCUUUGUGAAGGUAGACUCUUUGAUUACAGACAGUCUCCUUGUUACAAGGACAAAUGGUUUUAUCACCGUAAAAUUGGUGUGGAGUUCGAAUAUUUUUGUAUCUGAUCAAUGUUCUUUGGAGAAAAUCAUAAGCGUUAGAUCUAAAACCACUGGAGCGUACAGCUCUAUGUAUAGUCAGAUGUUUCAACCUGAGUUUAUGUACGUAGAGGAAAAAGAAUCGUUCCUUGGACCAUGUAUGGAUUUGUCUAUUGAUCCGCCUAUAAUUGGCCCAGCUACUUUGAACCCGGUUAGUGUAAAGUUCGGUGAAUUUUUUUCCAUCACUCUUCCGAGUAAUUUGUUUUCUUCCCCUUCGGUUGCAACACGUUUGUCAGUUUUUUUGCGUGACGAAAACGGAAAUGCUUUGCCGGAUUUUUAUUGGAUAGCGUUGAGCAAUAACAACUUAGCUAUUGGUCUGAGAAUAGAAGGCUAUGCAUCCAAUAUGAUCGCUCUUCAAAGAACUAGUUACUUGCUGAGGCUUGUUGCUGUGACGUCAUUACAAAUUGAAGCAUACCGUUUGAUUAACAUUAACAUCGUUGGAUACAAGCCUAUUCAACAAAAGUUUGUUAUCACGUUCACGACAUCGUCAACAAUAAGUUCUUUCACUGUAUUUGUUAAUCAAUUUCUUUUGGCAAUAUCAAAAUACCUGUCAUAUUCUGCAUCUUCCAUACUUAUAAUCAGCUACGACACAAGCUCAUUACAAACAAAAAUUCAAUGGACUAUGGUUCAGUUCACAAGCGCGAGUUGUGACAGUUCCUUGGCUUCGUCAAUAUCACAGAGAUUUCUUGAUGCAAACGGUAAAGUCCAUCCAGACUUGGUUAGUGUUUUAGCAAACAUAAACUUUUACCUCAACUCAGUUGAUGUCAACUUAUCAGACAAUUGCGCUAUUGAUCGCAACGCACCUGUUCCAGAUCAGCCGUCACAAGAAUAUACAAUUAACAUCAAUGUUUACCGCUUUUCGUUUAACCUACCUGUUACAACUUUUGUAGAUGCGAAAGACGGUGACAUGACGAAACUGGCUGUUGAGCUCACUACAGAAAGUGGACUUUCUGUUUCUGUUGACAGUUGGAUAGAGUUUGUUCAAUCUGGAAGUAGCUUUCGUUUAAAUGGCUUUGUUAGCAGCAUCAGCUAUACUAAAGCGCAAUGGGUUUUUUUGUUAAAAGCAACGGACAGUGACAAAAAUGUUGGGAUUAAAAAGUUUAUCUUUAAUGUUAAAUUGCCACCUCUAGGCCCGAACUAUAUGAGAAGUUUAACAGUGCGUUCUAUUUCUUCAGCUAUGCUAAGUCUGAGAGACGUUUCAGUUUUGUUCUAUAUUCAAGAAAAAAAGUUGAUUCCCUACUCGAUAGGACAAAACCAGGGCUUUGUGAAGGUAGACUCUUUGAUUACAGACAGUCUCCUUGUUACAAGGACAAAUGGUUUUAUCACCGUAAAAUUGGUGUGGAGUUCGAAUAUUUUUGUAUCUGAUCAAUGUUCUUUGGAGAAAAUCAUAAGCGUUAGAUCUAAAACCACUGGAGCGUACAGCUCUAUGUAUAGUCAGAUGUUUCAACCUGAGUUUAUGUACGUAGAGGAAAAAGAAUCGUUCCUUGGACCAUGUAUGGAUUUGUCUAUUGAUCCGCCUAUAAUUGGCCCAGCUACUUUGAACCCGGUUAGUGUAAAGUUCGGUGAAUUUUUUUCCAUCACUCUUCCGAGUAAUUUGUUUUCUUCCCCUUCGGUUGCAACACGUUUGUCAGUUUUUUUGCGUGACGAAAACGGAAAUGCUUUGCCGGAUUUUUAUUGGAUAGCGUUGAGCAAUAACAACUUAGCUAUUGGUCUGAGAAUAGAAGGCUAUGCAUCCAAUAUGAUCGCUCUUCAAAGAACUAGUUACUUGCUGAGGCUUGUUGCUGUGACGUCAUUACAAAUUGAAGCAUACCGUUUGAUUAACAUUAACAUCGUUGGAUACAAGCCUAUUCAACAAAAGUUUGUUAUCACGUUCACGACAUCGUCAACAAUAAGUUCUUUCACUGUAUUUGUUAAUCAAUUUCUUUUGGCAAUAUCAAAAUACCUGUCAUAUUCUGCAUCUUCCAUACUUAUAAUCAGCUACGACACAAGCUCAUUACAAACAAAAAUUCAAUGGACUAUGGUUCAGUUCACAAGCGCGAGUUGUGACAGUUCCUUGGCUUCGUCAAUAUCACAGAGAUUUCUUGAUGCAAACGGUAAAGUCCAUCCAGACUUGGUUAGUGUUUUAGCAAACAUAAACUUUUACCUCAACUCAGUUGAUGUCAACUUAUCAGACAAUUGCGCUAUUGAUCGCAACGCACCUGUUCCAGAUCAGCCGUCACAAGAAUAUACAAUUAACAUCAAUGUUUACCGCUUUUCGUUUAACCUACCUGUUACAACUUUUGUAGAUGCGAAAGACGGUGACAUGACGAAACUGGCUGUUGAGCUCACUACAGAAAGUGGACUUUCUGUUUCUGUUGACAGUUGGAUAGAGUUUGUUCAAUCUGGAAGUAGCUUUCGUUUAAAUGGCUUUGUUAGCAGCAUCAGCUAUACUAAAGCGCAAUGGGUUUUUUUGUUAAAAGCAACGGACAGUGACAAAAAUGUUGGGAUUAAAAAGUUUAUCUUUAAUGUUAAAUUGCCACCUCUAGGCCCGAACUAUAUGAGAAGUUUAACAGUGCGUUCUAUUUCUUCAGCUAUGCUAAGUCUGAGAGACGUUUCAGUUUUGUUCUAUAUUCAAGAAAAAAAGUUGAUUCCCUACUCGAUAGGACAAAACCAGGGCUUUGUGAAGGUAGACUCUUUGAUUACAGACAGUCUCCUUGUUACAAGGACAAAUGGUUUUAUCACCGUAAAAUUGGUGUGGAGUUCGAAUAUUUUUGUAUCUGAUCAAUGUUCUUUGGAGAAAAUCAUAAGCGUUAGAUCUAAAACCACUGGAGCGUACAGCUCUAUGUAUAGUCAGAUGUUUCAACCUGAGUUUAUGUACGUAGAGGAAAAAGAAUCGUUCCUUGGACCAUGUAUGGAUUUGUCUAUUGAUCCGCCUAUAAUUGGCCCAGCUACUUUGAACCCGGUUAGUGUAAAGUUCGGUGAAUUUUUUUCCAUCACUCUUCCGAGUAAUUUGUUUUCUUCCCCUUCGGUUGCAACACGUUUGUCAGUUUUUUUGCGUGACGAAAACGGAAAUGCUUUGCCGGAUUUUUAUUGGAUAGCGUUGAGCAAUAACAACUUAGCUAUUGGUCUGAGAAUAGAAGGCUAUGCAUCCAAUAUGAUCGCUCUUCAAAGAACUAGUUUCUUGCUGAGGCUUGUUGCUGUGACGUCAUUACAAAUUGAAGCAUACCGUUUGAUUAACAUUAACAUCGUUGGAUACAAGCCUAUUCAACAAAAGUUUGUUAUCACGUUCACGACAUCGUCAACAAUAAGUUCUUUCACUGUAUUUGUUAAUCAAUUUCUUUUGGCAAUAUCAAAAUACCUGUCAUAUUCUGCAUCUUCCAUACUUAUAAUCAGCUACGACACAAGCUCAUUACAAACAAAAAUUCAAUGGACUAUGGUUCAGUUCACAAGCGCGAGUUGUGACAGUUCCUUGGCUUCGUCAAUAUCACAGAGAUUUCUUGAUGCAAACGGUAAAGUCCAUCCAGACUUGGUUAGUGUUUUAGCAAACAUAAACUUUUACCUCAACUCAGUUGAUGUCAACUUAUCAGACAAUUGCGCUAUUGAUCGCAACGCACCUGUUCCAGAUCAGCCGUCACAAGAAUAUACAAUUAACAUCAAUGUUUACCGCUUUUCGUUUAACCUACCUGUUACAACUUUUGUAGAUGCGAAAGACGGUGACAUGACGAAACUGGCUGUUGAGCUCACUACAGAAAGUGGACUUUCUGUUUCUGUUGACAGUUGGAUAGAGUUUGUUCAAUCUGGAAGUAGCUUUCGUUUAAAUGGCUUUGUUAGCAGCAUCAGCUAUACUAAAGCGCAAUGGGUUUUUUUGUUAAAAGCAACGGACAGUGACAAAAAUGUUGGGAUUAAAAAGUUUAUCUUUAAUGUUAAAUUGCCACCUCUAGGCCCGAACUAUAUGAGAAGUUUAACAGUGCGUUCUAUUUCUUCAGCUAUGCUAAGUCUGAGAGACGUUUCAGUUUUGUUCUAUAUUCAAGAAAAAAAGUUGAUUCCCUACUCGAUAGGACAAAACCAGGGCUUUGUGAAGGUAGACUCUUUGAUUACAGACAGUCUCCUUGUUACAAGGACAAAUGGUUUUAUCACCGUAAAAUUGGUGUGGAGUUCGAAUAUUUUUGUAUCUGAUCAAUGUUCUUUGGAGAAAAUCAUAAGCGUUAGAUCUAAAACCACUGGAGCGUACAGCUCUAUGUAUAGUCAGAUGUUUCAACCUGAGUUUAUGUACGUAGAGGAAAAAGAAUCGUUCCUUGGACCAUGUAUGGAUUUGUCUAUUGAUCCGCCUAUAAUUGGCCCAGCUACUUUGAACCCGGUUAGUGUAAAGUUCGGUGAAUUUUUUUCCAUCACUCUUCCGAGUAAUUUGUUUUCUUCCCCUUCGGUUGCAACACGUUUGUCAGUUUUUUUGCGUGACGAAAACGGAAAUGCUUUGCCGGAUUUUUAUUGGAUAGCGUUGAGCAAUAACAACUUAGCUAUUGGUCUGAGAAUAGAAGGCUAUGCAUCCAAUAUGAUCGCUCUUCAAAGAACUAGUUACUUGCUGAGGCUUGUUGCUGUGACGUCAUUACAAAUUGAAGCAUACCGUUUGAUUAACAUUAACAUCGUUGGAUACAAGCCUAUUCAACAAAAGUUUGUUAUCACGUUCACGACAUCGUCAACAAUAAGUUCUUUCACUGUAUUUGUUAAUCAAUUUCUUUUGGCAAUAUCAAAAUACCUGUCAUAUUCUGCAUCUUCCAUACUUAUAAUCAGCUACGACACAAGCUCAUUACAAACAAAAAUUCAAUGGACUAUGGUUCAGUUCACAAGCGCGAGUUGUGACAGUUCCUUGGCUUCGUCAAUAUCACAGAGAUUUCUUGAUGCAAACGGUAAAGUCCAUCCAGACUUGGUUAGUGUUUUAGCAAACAUAAACUUUUACCUCAACUCAGUUGAUGUCAACUUAUCAGACAAUUGCGCUAUUGAUCGCAACGCACCUGUUCCAGAUCAGCCGUCACAAGAAUAUACAAUUAACAUCAAUGUUUACCGCUUUUCGUUUAACCUACCUGUUACAACUUUUGUAGAUGCGAAAGACGGUGACAUGACGAAACUGGCUGUUGAGCUCACUACAGAAAGUGGACUUUCUGUUUCUGUUGACAGUUGGAUAGAGUUUGUUCAAUCUGGAAGUAGCUUUCGUUUAAAUGGCUUUGUUAGCAGCAUCAGCUAUACUAAAGCGCAAUGGGUUUUUUUGUUAAAAGCAACGGACAGUGACAAAAAUGUUGGGAUUAAAAAGUUUAUCUUUAAUGUUAAAUUGCCACCUCUAGGCCCGAACUAUAUGAGAAGUUUAACAGUGCGUUCUAUUUCUUCAGCUAUGCUAAGUCUGAGAGACGUUUCAGUUUUGUUCUAUAUUCAAGAAAAAAAGUUGAUUCCCUACUCGAUAGGACAAAACCAGGGCUUUGUGAAGGUAGACUCUUUGAUUACAGACAGUCUCCUUGUUACAAGGACAAAUGGUUUUAUCACCGUAAAAUUGGUGUGGAGUUCGAAUAUUUUUGUAUCUGAUCAAUGUUCUUUGGAGAAAAUCAUAAGCGUUAGAUCUAAAACCACUGGAGCGUACAGCUCUAUGUAUAGUCAGAUGUUUCAACCUGAGUUUAUGUACGUAGAGGAAAAAGAAUCGUUCCUUGGACCAUGUAUGGAUUUGUCUAUUGAUCCGCCUAUAAUUGGCCCAGCUACUUUGAACCCGGUUAGUGUAAAGUUCGGUGAAUUUUUUUCCAUCACUCUUCCGAGUAAUUUGUUUUCUUCCCCUUCGGUUGCAACACGUUUGUCAGUUUUUUUGCGUGACGAAAACGGAAAUGCUUUGCCGGAUUUUUAUUGGAUAGCGUUGAGCAAUAACAACUUAGCUAUUGGUCUGAGAAUAGAAGGCUAUGCAUCCAAUAUGAUCGCUCUUCAAAGAACUAGUUACUUGCUGAGGCUUGUUGCUGUGACGUCAUUACAAAUUGAAGCAUACCGUUUGAUUAACAUUAACAUCGUUGGAUACAAGCCUAUUCAACAAAAGUUUGUUAUCACGUUCACGACAUCGUCAACAAUAAGUUCUUUCACUGUAUUUGUUAAUCAAUUUCUUUUGGCAAUAUCAAAAUACCUGUCAUAUUCUGCAUCUUCCAUACUUAUAAUCAGCUACGACACAAGCUCAUUACAAACAAAAAUUCAAUGGACUAUGGUUCAGUUCACAAGCGCGAGUUGUGACAGUUCCUUGGCUUCGUCAAUAUCACAGAGAUUUCUUGAUGCAAACGGUAAAGUCCAUCCAGACUUGGUUAGUGUUUUAGCAAACAUAAACUUUUACCUCAACUCAGUUGAUGUCAACUUAUCAGACAAUUGCGCUAUUGAUCGCAAUGCACCUGUUCCAGAUCAGCCGUCACAAGAAUAUACAAUUAACAUCAAUGUUUACCGCUUUUCGUUUAACCUACCUGUUACAACUUUUGUAGAUGCGAAAGACGGUGACAUGACGAAACUGGCUGUUGAGCUCACUACAGAAAGUGGACUUUCUGUUUCUGUUGACAGUUGGAUAGAGUUUGUUCAAUCUGGAAGUAGCUUUCGUUUAAAUGGCUUUGUUAGCAGCAUCAGCUAUACUAAAGCGCAAUGGGUUUUUUUGUUAAAAGCAACGGACAGUGACAAAAAUGUUGGGAUUAAAAAGUUUAUCUUUAAUGUUAAAUUGCCACCUCUAGGCCCGAACUAUAUGAGAAGUUUAACAGUGCGUUCUAUUUCUUCAGCUAUGCUAAGUCUGAGAGACGUUUCAGUUUUGUUCUAUAUUCAAGAAAAAAAGUUGAUUCCCUACUCGAUAGGACAAAACCAGGGCUUUGUGAAGGUAGACUCUUUGAUUACAGACAGUCUCCUUGUUACAAGGACAAAUGGUUUUAUCACCGUAAAAUUGGUGUGGAGUUCGAAUAUUUUUGUAUCUGAUCAAUGUUCUUUGGAGAAAAUCAUAAGCGUUAGAUCUAAAACCACUGGAGCGUACAGCUCUAUGUAUAGUCAGAUGUUUCAACCUGAGUUUAUGUACGUAGAGGAAAAAGAAUCGUUCCUUGGACCAUGUAUGGAUUUGUCUAUUGAUCCGCCUAUAAUUGGCCCAGCUACUUUGAACCCGGUUAGUGUAAAGUUCGGUGAAUUUUUUUCCAUCACUCUUCCGAGUAAUUUGUUUUCUUCCCCUUCGGUUGCAACACGUUUGUCAGUUUUUUUGCGUGACGAAAACGGAAAUGCUUUGCCGGAUUUUUAUUGGAUAGCGUUGAGCAAUAACAACUUAGCUAUUGGUCUGAGAAUAGAAGGCUAUGCAUCCAAUAUGAUCGCUCUUCAAAGAACUAGUUACUUGCUGAGGCUUGUUGCUGUGACGUCAUUACAAAUUGAAGCAUACCGUUUGAUUAACAUUAACAUCGUUGGAUACAAGCCUAUUCAACAAAAGUUUGUUAUCACGUUCACGACAUCGUCAACAAUAAGUUCUUUCACUGUAUUUGUUAAUCAAUUUCUUUUGGCAAUAUCAAAAUACCUGUCAUAUUCUGCAUCUUCCAUACUUAUAAUCAGCUACGACACAAGCUCAUUACAAACAAAAAUUCAAUGGACUAUGGUUCAGUUCACAAGCGCGAGUUGUGACAGUUCCUUGGCUUCGUCAAUAUCACAGAGAUUUCUUGAUGCAAACGGUAAAGUCCAUCCAGACUUGGUUAGUGUUUUAGCAAACAUAAACUUUUACCUCAACUCAGUUGAUGUCAACUUAUCAGACAAUUGCGCUAUUGAUCGCAACGCACCUGUUCCAGAUCAGCCGUCACAAGAAUAUACAAUUAACAUCAAUGUUUACCGCUUUUCGUUUAACCUACCUGUUACAACUUUUGUAGAUGCGAAAGACGGUGACAUGACGAAACUGGCUGUUGAGCUCACUACAGAAAGUGGACUUUCUGUUUCUGUUGACAGUUGGAUAGAGUUUGUUCAAUCUGGAAGUAGCUUUCGUUUAAAUGGCUUUGUUAGCAGCAUCAGCUAUACUAAAGCGCAAUGGGUUUUUUUGUUAAAAGCAACGGACAGUGACAAAAAUGUUGGGAUUAAAAAGUUUAUCUUUAAUGUUAAAUUGCCACCUCUAGGCCCAAACUAUAUGAGAAGUUUAUCAUUGCGAUCAUUUUCUCCUUUGUUCAUCGGUAUGAAAGAUGUAUCUCUUUUGUUUUAUAUUCAAGAAACUAAGUUACUUUCUUAUUUUAUAUCACAAUCUCAAGGCAUUUUUUCUGUUGAUUCUUUUAUUACUGGCAGUUUCUCUGUUACAAGGACUACUAGUUAUAUAAAUAUUUUUUUGUUAUGGAGUUCAUUUAUAUUUGUGUCUGAUGAAUGUUCAACACAAAAUAUUUUAAGUUUUAGAUCUAAAACUUCAGCAUCAUUUAGUUCAAUUUAUAGUCAAAUGUUUCAGCCUGAGUUUAUAUAUUUGGAAGAAAACGAGGUUUUUCUUAAUUCUUGUAAAAAUUUUUCUAUUAGCCCUCCUGAUCCACAAUUUCCACCGAAUAUAUCAGCCCAGUUUUGCCAGGAACUUUACUUUGAAAUCAAUGAAAACACUUUUUUUGAUAGGAUUUAUGGUAGCACAAAAAGUCUAUAUUUAGAACUAUUUACUUAUAAUUACGAACCUUUACCUUUUAAUGAAUGGAUUGCUUUAGAUUCAAAUAAGCAAAGUAUAAGAGGAUAUCCUCGGUUAGGAACGCAAAAUGUUGUUCAGUAUGUUUAUUAUUAUAAGUUAAAAGCUACUAAUAAGCUAGGGGGCUAUGCAUUUAUUGAUUUAACAAUAACAUUAUCUAAAAGUCCGUCAUUGAGCUUUGUUUAUGUUGCUAGUUUUUUAAGUUUAACAAACUAUAAGAUUCUUGUUGAUGAAGAGUUACUAUUAAUAUCAAAACUUCGGAGUUUUUUUCAAACUAAAGUUAUUAAUGAUGUUGCAUUUUCUUCUAUCAACAGUAGUAUGAGACUCUUCAAAUGGGGCUUUUGUGAUUCUCCUAAGGUUUGUUUCUGUUCUACAGUUAAAAGUUAUCGCAGCUUAAUUUUACCACAAAAACGUUUCGCUGAUGUUUUAUCACCAGAAUUUACUCUUAUGACCACAAGUGAUGAACUCUAUGGAAUUUGUUCUUCUUACAGUAAACCUGUUGAGAAUUUUUUUCAAAUUUCAGAAAUGAUUGUUGUUGGAGAUUUCUAUUCUUAUUAUUUACCUGAGGACAGUUUUUUUGAUAAAGAAGAAGGUUUUACAAGAAACUUGACUGUGAGUUUGCGUUCAGAUUAUUCAAAUCUAUCGUGGAUUUAUUUUGAUCAAGUAAGUUUGCAAGUUUGUGCAUUAGUUGAUAUGCAAUUUUAUCAAAAUUUAAAAGACUCUUUUUUUAAAAACAAUAUGUUUCAAUACAUGAUAUAUGUUCAAAAUACAUGUGGUGAUUCAGUAUCAAAAUUGGUCACUACAACUAUCUCUUAUCAGAGCUAUUUUUCCUUAAUUGAUUUUAGUAUGUUAGUUUCCCAAAGUAAACUUUACAUUAUGUCCAACUGCUAUGCGAUGUCAGUUCUUAUUUCAAAAAUAAAUUCCUUUAGUGGUAGUUCUCAGAAUUCUGUUUUCAUAGUUAGUAUAAACCAAAUAAAUUCAACGGUAACAAAAAUUUCUUGGAACUAUAGAAAUAUAACAUGCAUCAAUGCUUACAAAAUAAAAAAUAUCUUAACAACCACUACUGGAUAUAUGAAUUUUGUAAGUUUUAUGGCUCCUGAUUAUAGCGUGAGCUCUGUUUCUGUUACUCAGUCUGCAGAUUGUUUAUUAAGCCCAAGUCCAACUACAAACUAUUUAUGGAUUUUAUGGUUGAUAAUAGCAAUUGCAUUAUUAUUUUUAUUGAUAUGGCUACUAUGGGUAUGUCUGCCUUUAUGUUGUCCAGCAUUCUGUGCAACUUGUUGUGGUGGUGCUUUUGCAAAUUGUUGUAUUCCUAGUUGUACUUGUUGCAAAACAAAAAAUAAAGAGUUUGAAACUUAUUCUACUCUAUAUGCAGAUGAUCCAUAUAACAGAGAAGGAGAUGUCAUAGUUGUUCCCCAAAAUGAAGUAAGUCGCAGGAAAAGUCAAGGUGUAGUUAUGCCUAAAGAAAAUGAUCUUUUUGAUGAUGUCAUGUCACGACCUUGGGAUGAUCCAGAUGGACCAAAAAGAGACAACAAUCCACGAGUUUCAAAUAAAGAAAAUUUUCCAGAUCCUGACAAACUUGACAAACCGUUUGAUCCAUCAGAUAUAAGACGACGCCCAUCUAAUGUCAAUGGAUUUGAUCCAACAGAUGAUAAUCCUAUUUCCUCAAAUACUACUGGGUUACCCAAUAACCCUGGAUCAUUUAGUAAUCCAAGGAGGAAGCUUCCGGUUAAUCCAGAGCUUAGAGAUUUCAAUCCAAGGACGAACAUUGAUGAGUAUAAUACUAUAAACAGAACGAAACGUGAGUUUAAUGCUGCAAAUAGUAUUAGUUUUAAUGAGAGACAAAGCAAAGAUAGAAGUAAUAGUAUAUACAGACAAAAUGAAAAUACUAACAAUCCAAACUAUAUACAAAAUACGCGAGUAGAUUACCUAGAAAAUAAAAAUUUAAGUAACAGCUACAGGCAAAAUACUCAAAUAAAUAAUGAAUGGUAUAAUAGAAAAUUAGCGAGUGAUGAUAUGUUAGAAAGACACAAAGAUGUCUUAACAAAAAGUAACGAACAUGUAAAGCAUCGAAUAGCAACAAUUCGUGCUCCAAUGUUGUUGCCUGUUCCAUACAGUUCAAGGCGUAGAACAUAUCGUUCUUCGUCCAGAGAUCGUCGAGUGUCGCAUUUAGAAAGUGAUAGUGAUCUUUCUGAAAUAAAUUAUCGAGGUAAUAAGCAUUUUGAAACUACCAUAAUAGAUAAGGACCCUUAUGUGUAUGCUGAUGCAAUAAUGGAAAUUCCUAUAGAUGCGAAAAUAAAACGUAGAAGUCAUUCAAGAAGACGGCGUACAAAGAGUGACACGGAUCUAAAUAUUAGAAAAGAGCGUCGUAGUAUAGUUGGAAGCUCUGACGAAUUCGAACAAAUUGUUGAUCAAGUUCGUCAAAAGCUUAAUAAACGAUUUAGGGGUAGUGAGCCGGAGUUAAUUUUGAGCCGGCGUAAGCACAAACACCAUCGACAACGCGCAACGUCGUUAAGCCCACCACGAAGAGCAUUAAAUUCAUCAAGGGAUCGAAUAAGAAAAGCAGAUUUUACAGAAUCGUAUCCAGCAAAUGUCAUAAACAAUGAUCGAACAAUCCAAUUUAUUAAUGAGCAACAUGAUAUUAAACAGGGUAAAUAUCGUUAUCGUUUAUCUGAUAAAAAAAGACGCCGAUUUGACUCUUAUGAUCGUAUUUUUGACUUGAAAAAUCGAGACAGAAAGUCAGAUAGAAGGCAUGGAAACAAAAGAGACGUGGAUUUUGAAUACAUGAGUUGUGAUAAUGAAUCGGAACUUUGAAUUUUUUUUAGAUUUUGUAUUAUUAAAUCGGAAUUUUGAAUAUUUUUUUUUUAUGAUUAAGAAUUGGAACUUUGAAUGUUUUUUACAAAAAUUA